UGAAAACUGGUUUUUCGUCCACAACGUACAGACGGGCUCGUUGUCUCCUCAUCGAAAUACAGAUAACAAUAAGUUCCCUUUAAAUAUUUGUGUUCGAUGAAAUUAUUUUUCGUAACACGCGACUCAAAAUCGAUUUAUCGAAAACUUCCAAACAGUUCGUUUUAAAAGUUUACUACCGGAUGAGCGUCAGAAUCCUGCCUGAAUUGCCAACGCGAAAAAGACUCUAUUUUACCAUAAAAACCUGACAACAAGGAAUAAUUUAUAGGAGAGAUAAUCGCAAAAAUAGGCGAUUAUCUGGAAUGGAUUCGGCACGGUUCUGACAGCUUUCUGGUUGGCAAACCUUGCAAAAGUACGAUAAUUACACUCGAAAAACAAAAUCCACCCACAACAGUGUUCUAAAACUUGGGUUAAUGAUACUACGACUCCGCCAACUCACUCCAUUCAUCACUUCGCAAUUGACAGUUCGCAACUGUGAUUACAUGAGUUACCGACCCGUCCGCUAUGGGGGUUUCAGUGUUUUCCUAUGCUCAAGUUAUGUUUGCGCGGCUGUCGUUCUAUCCCACGCUGGCGUAUAAUGUUUUCAUGGAGAAAAUCAGUGCCAGACGAUGGUAUGAUCGCAUCGAUGAGAACUUAAUAUUAGGCGCUCUGCCCUUCCGUUCGAUGACGAAAGCCCUUAUUGAGUCGGAAAAUGUUAAAGCGGUCGUUUCUAUGAACGAGGACUAUGAGCUCUACCUUUUUGCAAACGAUCAGAAGCGCUGGGCUGCAAAAGGUGUUGAGUUUUUGCAGCUUCCAACCACAGAUAUUUUCAGUGCGCCGUGUCAGAUAAAUCUACUUCGCGGGGUGGAAUUCAUAAAUAAAUUUCUACCGGUUAGUGCGCGGAUAAAACACUUUCCUGCAUCGUUGAAUCAACCAGAGAAUGUCGGGACGGUUUAUGUGCAUUGUAAGGCCGGGAGGACAAGAAGCGCAACACUAGUUGGAUGCUAUCUAAUGAUGCGAUACGGUCUAACUCCAGAGCUCGCGGUUGAACGUAUGAGAGAAUCUCGACCCCACAUUUUACUGCAUAAGAAACAAUGGGAAGCUUUACAUAAAUUUUAUAGAAAUAACAUGUCAGAUAAGAAGGAGAGCUGAUACAGAUUUCGUAGCUUAAUUGUUGAAGAUGACAAUGUUAUUAAAUUAUUUAUCGGAAUUUGUUAUAAAGUGAACGCGGUAAUUUGUAAAAAUGCUAGAAUAGAUUAUGAAGGUAUUUUAUGUUAAGCGUUUGAACAAAAUGAAAUCCCAUUGUC